GGUAUAACUAACACGAAUAAAAUAGAAUAGAAUAGAAUAAAUUUUUACAAAUAUAUUUCAUGGGCAAUAUGAAAGAACAACUUGAUCGACGCCUAGUUCUGCUUCAUGAACAUCAUGCCUUGGUCAGGUUGUUUAAGAGUGCUUUAGAGCGCAUGCCAAAUGAUGACUAUAAAGUUGUCAUCAAAGCAGAUAAACGACCAUCUGGAACACACGAACGCACAUUUAAUGCUCCAACAGUAGACGAAGUUGCUAUCCUGAUUGUUGGUGAACAAUUGGAAAAACGCGAUAUUGUGCUUACACGUCGCGAUACUGGGCCAAUCCAAAUAUCUGAAACUCAUCGAUCAUACGACGCAUUGCAAUACCCACUAAUGUUUUGGCAAGGAGAAAAUGGAUAUUAUUUUAAUAUUAAAUUGAUAAAUCCAUUGAAUGGUGAAGAAACUGCAAAGAAAGUUAGCUCAAUGAAUUAUUAUGCAUAUCGUUUGAUGAUUCGUCAAAAUGCUGACAACUAUUUGCUGCGGUUUCGUCGAUUGUUUCAGCAGUAUUGCGUUGACAUGUAUGUAAAAUAG